UCCACUUGGAUAAGGUAGAGCUGCAGCCAAGGACAAGGGGAGAAUGCCACUCAAGAUAGAAGGCUUCUUGUUCUUACUUCUGUUUGGCUAUGAAGCCACGCUGGGAUUAUCAUCUACUGAGGAUGAGGGCGAGGACCCCUGGUAUCACAAAGUGUGCAAGUGUGAUUGCCAAGGAGGUGCCAAUACCCUGUGGUCUGCGGGCACCAACUCCUUAGACUGCAUACCAGAAUGCCCCUAUCAUAAACCCCUGGGUUUCGAGUCAGGAGAGGUUACACCAGACCAGAUCACCUGCUCCAACCCGGAGCAGUACAUGGGCUGGUAUUCGUCGUGGACUGCCAACAAGGCCCGGCUCAACAGUCAAGGUUUUGGGUGUGCCUGGCUCUCCAAGUUCCAGGACAGCAGCCAGUGGUUACAGAUAGAUCUGAAGGAGGUCAAGGUGAUUUCAGGGAUCCUCACCCAGGGUCGCUGUGACAUCGAUGAGUGGAUGACCAAAUACAGUGUGCAGUACAGGACCGAUGAGAGCCUGAACUGGAUUUACUAUAAGGACCAGACCGGAAACAACCGGGUGCAAGGAAUGUCCCUGGACAUGAAGAGGAGCCAACUGUGUGAGGACAGAGACAAGGCCUGCCGGAGUUCUCACUGGCCUAGCCCACUUUCUUCCCCUGUGGGUUUGCAAGGAGAUGCUGCGUCUCGUCUGCUACCAAGGAGCAUGUCUAGAAGCUACUGCUGGGGCCUAAAAGUUGAGCAAGGUUCCUACUGUUACAGUCACAUAUAGCCACAAUUCAACUCCCUUGAUAAGAAGUAUAAUACUCACUUCAUAUUACAAAUGUAUAAAAAUAUGGCAGAGUGUCAUAAUGAUACUUUCUUUAAAUGAUUAUAUUUAUAAAACAGACACAUAUUUAUCAUAUAUAUAUUUAUAUAUAGAAUAAAGUACUCCUGAUGCAAUAUAUAAAUGUUACUGUUUAGUUUUUAUAGAAACUACUGUAGCUGUCCCACUGCUUCACAAUGUUCCAAACAGCUCAAAAUAACUUUACAUGUAACAUAAAAGGUAUGAUUAUAACAGUACAAUAUUAAUUAAUUAUAAAUAAAUGUUACAAAUCCUAUCAAAUAUGGAAGUUUAGAAAACAAUUUAAGACAUACAAUUAGUUCAUCUGCUAACCCUUCAAAGGGAUACUCCUGGAUUACAAUAAACCCCACAUUUAGUCUAGGCAGAAAAAAAUCUGUGGUAAGGGCAUCAGUCAACACGGAUUUUUCUUUUCCUUGCAGUGCCAGAACACAUCCUGGCUUUCCCAAGUUUAACAGGGAUUGCACUACAGCUGAAAUGUAGGGGAGAAACUGGCAAGAAUGUCUUCUUCCUCAAUGGCAUACCCUAUCCAUGCUCACACAAGACCCAUGGAGACUGGCAAUCCCUAAGGAACUCCUGUGGCUCUAAGAUCCCUGACUAGCAUUUGUGGCCGUGAGGAGCCAGAUGGCUCCUCACAUACGAUAUUGCACACACCUUCAUAAAGCUGAAAAUACUGGCUUACCACUCUGGCCCAGCCCAUUUCCCAUCCCACCCUCC